GUGACACUGUUUCUUAAUUCUGUUUCAUUCGUCCAAUGAGAACAUCACAUUUCUAGGAAUCAGUUGUUUAAAAAUCAAGUGUAUCGGAAUUUUGAAGCAAUUUUUGGGAAGUCCAUGUGGGGGCGUGGGGGACGAAAAUAGAAUUACGGUGUGUUGCUAACGUUUGGCUAGCACGUCGUAGAAAUAAACAGAAAUGAGUGUGUGUGUACAGAGGAGCUGCUCGGUGUGAGAUGUGUCAACUCACCCAUUAGUACGAGCGUGCGUGUGUGUGUGGGCGGCUGGUUCUCAGGAACCCCCUCCGCCCCUCACACCGCCCCUCCCAGUUGUCAGGGUUAGCCUCCCCCUCUCCUCCCUCGGUGCUGACGUCACGUCUGGAGGCAGGCUGCUCUCUCCGUCGCUGACACCGUUCACCUCCAGCGGAGAAACUUUCCUGGAGUUCUCAGGCUCCGAGACCGAGCAGAGACUUCAGUCAUCGGCCGCGGGCAGGACGCGGCAGUCUGGAACUCUGUGGCGCUACAGGAAGACAGAAAACCGGAGCCACAACACGCAACUUUAGUUGACCGAGGAAGUUUUUGGGGCUUUUUUUUUUCGUGACAUGUCCUUAUUUAUUUCAAACUUUUAACUCACUUAAGUCAGCUUUUCGUUUUUGUGGGUAACGUUCGCGUAUUUUCUCUCUUGUUGGUCGACACCUACACGAGUAUGCUCAGGGGUACACAACCUUUUUUUCGCUAAAGAGAAGUGAUUUUUUUUUUCUCUUUUUUUUUCUUUUUUUUUUUUUUAACGCAGCACGAAAUUAACCUGGACACCCCUCCCUUACUCCCCCACUCACUCCCAAACUUGACUCCCUUUUCGCCGCAGACAUGGCUUGGAUGGAAUGGGGCCUCUUUUUUCUCCUGGGUGCUCUGCUCACCCCGGCGUGUGUGUCCGUAGAACAGCAGCAGCAGCAGCAGCAGCAGGGCCACAGCGGCUUGAGGAAGCUGUACGUCCUGCAGCGCGGUCCAGGGCCGGGCUCCGGUUCUGCCGGAGCGGACGGCGCGGUGCGUGUCAGCUCCAUCUCCACGCGUCACGGCGCAGCGGGGCAGCCGCACACGUACAACGUGGAGCUGAAAGCCAACUACCGUGGGCAGAUCCGGACCCGCAGGAUGGGGAACCAGGCAGCUCCGCUUCCAGUGCCCCACUUUAGUCAGCAACAACAGCAACAGCAACAGCAGCAGCACAUGAAACUUUCAGGGGUGAACGUCUGUGGAGGGCAGUGCUGUCAUGGAUGGAGCAAAGCUCAGGGGUCGCAGCGGUGCACCAAGCCCAACUGCAGCCCUCAGUGCCAGAACGGAGGAAUGUGCCUCAGGCCUCAGCUCUGCGUUUGUAAGCCUGGCUCAAAAGGGAAGGCAUGUGAACAGAAGACCCAGCCGUCCAGCCAGCCUUUCCCAGCACCUCCAGGGAAUGAACCCACCAACGGUCACAGAAACGGACACACCACUGCAAACAGUAACGGAUACAAUGUAGUGCCACAGUGGCCCAUACCUCAGCAAGUGGCUCCCAACGGGUAUGCUUCCGCCUCAUCACCGGCGUCCAACGCGGGUCAGAUGAAACUAACAGUGAAGCCAUACUCUCAGCUCGUACGACCGCAUUACAUCCAGCAACAAAUCCAACAGCAGAUUCGACCCGUGCCCAUGCAUCCAGUUCAGAGCCAGCAGUACGUCAUAAAGCCCAAAUACUACCACACGCACACAACACACCGAGAAACGCGCGUUCAGUCCCAACCAGAGAGGCCGAUCCCGCUGAGAGUUGGAGCAAGUCAAUUUCACGUGGGCAACCACACGGGAAGGAUCAAGGUGGUCUUCACGCCCACUAUCUGCAAGUUGACCUGCGUUGGAGGCAGAUGUCACAACAACUGCGAGCGGGGGAACACCACCACCAUCAUCAGUGAGAACGGCCAUGCCACAGACACUCUGACUGCACCCAACUUCCGAGUAGUGGUCUGUCACCUUCCUUGUAUAAAUGGGGGGAAGUGCAGUGCCAGAGACAAGUGUCAGUGUCCUCCCAACUUCACGGGCAAAUUCUGCCAGAUGCCAGUGCAGAAUGGACACCAGCAGCACCAGCAGACAGCGGGUGGUUACGGCCAAACUCAGGUCCACUCCACUCACACGCUGCCGCUGACCUACAGCAACGGCCAAAGUACUGUGUACAGCCCGAACAUUGUCAACAUCCACAUCAAACACCCCCCAGAGGCCUCCGUCCAGGUCCACCAGGUGUCUCAGCUAGACAGCUACCACAACAACGGACAUCAGAUCAAGGGCUCCCAGUCGGGCUCCUCGUCUUCGUCCACCAGCUACACCUACCACCACGCAGACAGCAGCCAGAAGAUCCAGCAUCAUGGCUACAACGUGCUCUACCCCCGCCCGCAUGGAGACCAGGUUCCUCAGUACCAGCCUGUCACCUCGAAGAACAUGCUGGGCCGGUGCUUCCAGGAGACCACGGGCAGUCAGUGUGGGAAGGCUCUGCCAGGUCUCACUAAGCAGGAACACUGCUGUGGAACCAUUGGGACUUCUUGGGGUUUCCACAAAUGCCAAAAGUGUCCAAAGAAACCAUCAACCCCAGUGAUAGCUUGUCCGCAGGGAUAUAAGAGAGUUAACAUCUCCCACUGCCAGGAUUUAGAUGAGUGCCAGCUUCAGGGUGUGUGUCCGAAUGGGAUGUGCGUAAACACAAUGGGAAGCUUCAGGUGCAUGUGCGCACCUGGCUACGUGCCCGACCCAACCUUCACCUCAUGCAUACCUGAAACACCUGCCGUCCAGGAAGAGAAGGGGGCUUGCUUCCGUUUGGUCAGCAAAGACAGAGCCUGUUUGCAUCCGAUUACUGUGCAGCUGAGCAAACAGCUCUGCUGCUGCACUGUGGGCAAAGCCUGGGGCCCUCACUGUGACAAAUGCCCCCCUCCAGGAACAGCUCAGUUCAAAGAGAUCUGUCCUGGUGGAAAGGGCUACACUGUUCUCCCAAAUCCACCUGUCAAUAAGCCAGUCACCGUUUACCAGCCACCCCCUGAACCCAUCCAGCCUCAGCCCCUGCCUACACCUGAGAGACCAGUCGAGGCUUUUGGGAGACCAGAGGAGAUCAUACCAGUAGCAACAACUGCACCAGAUCAGGAACUGAUAGACCCCGUGCUUAGCAAUAGGCCAAUCUUGCCUCAGCUAUCUCCAGGUGUUUCCACUGUCAAGAUGGAGGCUGCUUACCCAGAGGUUGUUGAGAGGAGCUCGCCGCCUGCACCAGUAGAGAUCUUCCCGUCCAAUGUAGGCCAGGACAUUGCCCCCACGCAGUCAACAGAGGUGGAUGAGUGUCAGGUCAACCCUUACAUCUGUGGCCAGGGGAUUUGUUACAACACUGCUGUAGGCUACACCUGCCACUGUAACGAGGGAUUCCACCUGGACCAUGACCACACCACCUGUGUAGAUGUGGACGAGUGUGUGGAGAGCCCAUCCAAGUGCACAGGAGGUCUCUGCAGAAACACUGAGGGGAGUUUUCUGUGUGUGUGUCCCAGGGGCUUCCACGCUGAUGCAGAGGGGACCAGUUGUGUUGAUAUCGAUGAAUGUGUGAUGAACAGGUCGGUGUGUCCGUCCGGCCUCUGCUUCAAUGUGCCGGGGAGUUUCAACUGCGCCUCCUGCCCUAACGGCUUCUUAGCACAAGGAGGCCGAUGCGCAGAUAUAGAUGAGUGUCAGGACCAGCGGUUGUGUACCAGGGGUCACUGUCUGAACACCGAAGGCUCCUUCAUCUGUGAGUGUGGGCCAGGCUUCAGAGAGUCAGCCACCGGGGAGCAGUGUGACGAUGUGGACGAGUGCGCUGAGGAAACGAGGCCCUGUGGCAGCGUGGGGCGCUGUGUCAACAGCAUGGGCUCGUACACCUGUAACUGCCCUCAGGGAUACCGGCAGAUAAACGGCACCAGCUGUAGCGAUGUUGAUGAGUGCGUGAAUGAUCCCGAGCUCUGUUCUCCGAAUGGCGAGUGCCUCAACACAGAAGGCUCCUUUCUCUGCGUGUGCGAUCGUGGAUUUACCGCCGGCCUCAACCCUCCCUCGUGUGAAGAUGUCGAUGAGUGCGGUCUCAAUGAGACGCUGUGCGGCUCACACGGCUUCUGCGAGAACAGACUGGGAUCCUUUGUGUGUCUCUGUGACCAGGGAUACCAGGAAACCCUGGAUGGACAAGGAUGUGUGGAUGUGAAUGAGUGUGACCUGCUGAGCAGUGUGUGUGGAGAGGCCCAGUGUGUGAACAUGGACGGCUCCUUCCUCUGCAUGUGUCCAAGCGGCCAGGAGUAUAACACCAUGAGUGCCAAGUGUGAGCCUGUUCCCACAGUGUCCUCUGUGGAGCGCAAGGAGUGCUAUUUCCACUUAAAUGACGAGAACCUGUGUGAGAGCGUGUUGACCAGCCACGUCACCCUGCAGGAGUGCUGCUGCACCCUGGGAGCCGGCUGGGGCGACAACUGUGAGGUACAUCCCUGCCCCGUCAAUGGAACAGACCAGUUUGACCAGAUGUGUCCAUCUGGACGAGGAUUUAUUCCUAGUGUGGAUCUUUCCUAUGGACAGACACACAGUUACAAAGAUGCGGACGAGUGCACACUGUUCGGCGUGGAGGUGUGUAAAGGGGGCUUCUGUCUGGACACCGUGGGCAGUUAUGAGUGCUACUGCAAGACGGGCCAGGACUACGACCCCGUCAGACUGGAGUGCACAGACAUCGACGAGUGCUUGGACGAGUCCGUCUGUGUGGGCGGACAGUGCUUGAACACUGACGGCUCGUACAUGUGUUUCUGCACACACCCCAUGGUGCUGGAUCCCAGUGGAAACCACUGUGUCUUCCUGUCGGACGCGGCUGAACAACACGAGGGCGAGCAAAUCGACUACCAAGGGAUCUGCUGGCAAAGAGUAACAGAUACACUGACAUGCACGGAGCCGUUGGGUCAGAACAGGAAGAGUACGUACACGGAGUGCUGUUGUUUGUAUGGAGAGGCCUGGGGCAUGGACUGUGCACUUUGUCCAUCGAAACACACAGACGAUUAUGCAAGAAUGUGUAAUCUACCCAUGGGUGGUGGUGGUGGGUAUCGUCCCUAUGGCCGUGAUGCCCUCACCGCUGGUCCUGUUCAUGAAUAUGACUUCAGCCCAGACUAUCAUCCAUCAUCGGAGCAGCAAGAGGCGCUGCCCUUCUACGACAGCCAGGAGCAUCAGUACAAACCCUUCGAGGGUUUGCGAGCCGAGGAGUGUGGGAUAUUGAACGGAUGUGAGAACGGUCGAUGCGUUCGGGUGCAGGAGGGCUACACCUGCGACUGCUUCGACGGCUACACCUUGGACCUGUCCCGCAUGGCCUGCAUUGAUGUGAACGAGUGCUCAGAACUGAACAGUCGAAUGUCGCUUUGUAAAAACGCAAAGUGCAUCAACACGAUAGGCUCCUACCAGUGCGUGUGUCUGCCGGGCUUCAUGGUCUCCGACAAGCCCAACUACUGCGUGGAGGCAGCAUCACGACACACAUCGCACACAUCAACACGUAGACAGUGAACACAGUGACGGCGGAUAGGUCACAUCAACAGGCACACAACCACACGCGCAGGUCUCGUAUUGCUAUACUUGUGAGGAUGUCUGUUGACUUCAGCCGCUUCUUGUGCCAUUUGAAAGCCGACCCGAGAGUUAAGCUUGGCGGUUUGUUAGCAUCCAGCAACAAUGUUCAACAGAGAUCUCUGAAAAAAAAAAACAACCCAAAUUUACAGGUGACAAAAUUACGUAAUGUACCUUUAAUUAUGAAUAUGAUAUUACACCAAUCGGUUUUACAGCAUAAACGUCGCACUUUUAUUGACACAAAUCCUUAAGUCGAGCCAUGUUCCAUACUGUAAAGUGAAUCACUUGUUGAGUCGUUGUUACAUUUGUGAUCUUAUUUAAACAGGAAUCUCAGACGUCCUGAUCCAAAUCCAUCCAGUCCUCGGGUUAUUAUUCCUGUCUUCCUGAUGUACUCUACACUGUGAAGGACAGUCAAACGCAGUGGUUGACAGUAGAGAUAGAGUGGUAGCCAUUUCCCAAUGAGUCAAUGAGCCUGAACAACUGGGACGAAGAAGGUAGGAAGAGCAAAAUGUCAUCCCUGUAUUUUGGUGGCUAAAAAGAUUAGCAAAUGUUUAGCUCAUUAUUUACUAUUAAACCAAAAGAACGAUGCAGAUCAAGGGUUCAAUUUCUCAUUUUAAAAUACAACUUUAAAGCUGCAGAAGACCUGAAAACUCACUAAGUUUUCAGUUGCUAAUACCAUUAGCAUGCUAACUACAGUCGUAACGGUUGGAAAGUUCCAUGUUCUGCAUUUAUUUAGCAAUUAGACAAAGUCUUUAUCAUUUAACGGGAUGUCAUUUCUGAAACUUAGCCUUAACUGUAAAAAAAAUAUUAUGAGUAAUUUCUUAAAAUCCAAAGCAAGUCGAACCAAAGUAGGCACUGUUAUUUCUAACAAAACCAGCACAGCGGACACAUGGCUCGAUAAGAGCUUUAAAUCAAUCUGUUAUGCUGUCUCAAUAGCUAGCACAAUGCUAAUAUAGCCGUUUACUAUCUAUGCCUUACCACUAAAAACGAAGUUCAUGGCUCAGGUAACAAGGUUGAAUUUGUCAGCACUCUUAAAGUUGUAAUGUUUUUUAAAGAGAUAUUUACACAACAACACACACUUCAGUUCACUGUUAGCCAUGGCAGCCGAACAUUAAGACACAGAAACGUUCAAAACGGUGAGCCCGUCUUCUGAGCUAAACUCAGUUUAUCGUAGUGCUAAUUAUGCAACAUGCGGAACCUCCGUGACCCCGAUGGCAGCGGUGACGUCACCGAGCCUGUGCGUAGUUGGCGUCUCGGUCGGCGAUGUCGUCGUUAGCAUUAGAUAUUUACGAGUAGGUAACCUCUUCAAGCACACGUCGAAAAAUCGGAAAUUUGUUUUGGCAGAUCACGUCAACGAUUAGUUCCUUAUAAGUAUAGAAAUACAACACACUCACACACACACACACACACAGACACACACUCAUACCUAAUCAAAGCCCGUAUACUCUGCACUGUAUAAAAUAAAUACAAAAUAAAAAAAGAAACAGUAAUUUACUUGAGGUGAUGAUUCAGCCUUAUCUACUAUUUGGUGCAUACCAUAUGUUGGUGAUAAAACACAGAAUUGUAUAAAAUGUAUGUUUUUUUUUCUUUGUUUUUGUCCGUUGCUUUUCUACAUUUGUUUCUUAUUUUAUUUUAUAAAAUGGAGAUUUACAUGUCACGUAAGGCCGUUUUAACUCAUUUAGCAAAUUGACAAACCCUAUGGACAUUUGUGCUGCGGGGAAUCCAGAUUUAUUUGUACCCUAUCGGAGUGAUUGUGGAUAUUUAAUUCUGUGAAGAGAGGUCAGCUGUCCGCUCCUCCUCUUCCUCCUCUCGCCAUCCCUCUGUCUGUCAAAAACGGAAAAGCCUGUUACUUCAUAACGCUAUGUUGCCAGAGUCCGACGGUGUCUGCGGAGCGACGCUCCUUCUCCCCUCUGUGUCUACAUUCUUUAGGACAGCCGAGACGGUUUUUUUUUUUUCACUUCUCUUAAAUACGUUCACUGCUAAGUCUUGCCGGGUGGCAAAGCUGCUAUGGGACAGCGAUGGGAGAGAGAGAGAGAGAGAGAGGAAACAUUGUGUACAUUUAAACAGAAGAGCAGAGAACACAGCUGAUGUGUUUGGAAUUAGUACAUGGAUAAAUAGCUUUUUUUUUCUUUUUUUUUUUUCUAAGAAUUCAUAAACAAUGUACAUCCAACUCCUUGGUAUUAAACAAGUUGUGAUAUUUAUGCUGGUUGUCCUGUCCCUAUGUACGUACAUACAUGUUUCAACCCUGUAGGAGUUUGAAGUUUGUUCUCUGGAUACAACGCGGACAGGGGUUUCCCAUUGUCCAUAGAAGUUCAUGUCCAAUUUAUGGACGUCAGACUUCAGAUCAGUGCUGGCUGGAAGAUGAAAAGCGUCUCACGCUCCAGGGCAACUGCCACAUAAAGCUCCGUGACAAAACAGAGUGGACCGAGUGGACACGUGCAGAACAGCACAAAAAUCUGGUUUGUCUUCUUCAUUUCUGCUGGGUAUGUGGUGACUUCAACAAAUCUGAGUUCCAUGUGCAGAUGCUCAAACACACGUUCAGCUGUCUAUUCUCAGACUUGACCUGCUUAGAGUUUAGAUGUUAAUAAACAAAGUCUCUGUCGUGAUAGGUAGGGACAAAAAAAAAAA